AUGUCUCGUGUUUCUGUCUCGUCCGGUGACUCGGCGGCAGAGGUCUACAACCCAAAGCCGCUAGAUCCAGAGAGCCAGCCGAAUCUAAACAGACAGGCGACGAACGGCUCUGGAGUGUCCCGGAUCCUAGAAAACCUACGGGACGAACACCAGCAGGACAACGAGGAGUAUCUGGUCAAAUCGGCCGUGCCGCUUGCCGAGGAGGCCAUCUACGACGAGAUGGACCGUAUUUCUCGCGAGCUCACCAGACUGAGUAAGGAUAAGGAGCCCGGGUCCGAUACUGUCAGUGAGGCUUCUGAGGACGGCCUGGACCACCCUAUCGAUGGUUCUUUUGCAUUGUGGCAGGCGGUGUUGGCGAUGCUUUUGGUGUUUCUGACGUGGGGCGCCAACGCCGCCUUUGGUGUUUUCUUGAACUACUACAUGUCCAACAGCCUGUUUCCAGGCGCCACAAACUUUGAUUUUGCCCUUAUAGGCGGCAUUGUGGUGUUUUUGGCCCAGGCGUUGGCGCCUAUAUGCUGCUUUCUCAUUAGCAUGUUUGGCCAAACGCCCAUUCUUUUGGCGGGUUUGGUGCUCCAGACUCUAGGCUACAUUCUAGCGUCUUUCUGCACGAAACUCUGGCAGAUCUACUGCUGCCAGGGUGUUCUCGUCGGUUGUUCGUUCAGUUUAAUAUUUAUUCCCGGCACGUUGGUGCUUCCGACCUGGUUCCAAAAACGAAAAUCCACUGCGAUGGGAAUCUGUGUCUCCGGUGCUGGUUUGGGUGGUUUGGUGUUUUCCUUGUCCCUCAAUAAGCUCAUCUCACAGACCGGUGACCAGAGAUGGCCGCUUCGUAUGGUGGGCUUCGUCACACUCGCUACAACCUUAUUCGCUAUCUGCUUCUUGAGACCACGAAACAAAAAGACCAUCGAGUUCAACACUUCGAGAAUCACCUGGGAGCGUACCGUCGCUAUCACCAAAGUCGUCUUCAACCCGGAGCUUUUCAAAUCUCUCCACUACGUUGUGCUAGGCUGCUGGUUUGGCUUGGCUCUCUUGGGCUACGUUAUCUGCCUCUACUCCUUCUCACCCUAUGCAUCGUCCAUAGGUUUGACUCACGACCAGUCCAACAACCUCUUGGCUAUUUUGAACGCUGCUCAGGUUGUCGGUAGACCGUGCGUGGGAAACAUUGCUGACUACUGUGGAAGAACGAACACCGCCAGUUUCUUCUGCGUGUACUUGGCCAUUUUAAUUUUGGCCUUUUGGCGCCAUGCUACAUCUUAUGGAGCUCUUAUUGUGCUUUCAGUCUUACUAGGCGGUCCUGCCGGUAUUGGUUCGAUCAUGGCCCAGUCGCUCGGCGCUGACAUUCUAGACGUUCAAGAACGGCCCCACCUUAUGCCUGCUGCCUGGUCGGGUCUCAACAUUAUCGUGUCUAUCUUUUCGCUUCCUUCAGAGGUUAUUGCCAUUGCAUUGAAGGAGGAGGAAAACGCCAAUCCUUUUGACCAUGCCCAAGUGUUCACCGGGUGCAUGUUCCUACUAGCCUUUUUGCUUCUUCUCUUCAAUCGUGAGUACAUUGUGAAGAAGAAGUUCCAAAAGAGAAGAUCCCAGGCUCAAGCUUCGGCGGGCUACUUGAGAGCAGCCGAUCUCGUCGAUGGAGACGAAAAAGACCUCACUAUGGCACGUAUGGAGCGCUACGACAGGUUACUCCAAAACAGCAUCAAAUACUAUUUCAUCCGCAUGUUCUACCCCAUCCGGGUCUGA